GAAGUGACGUCUGAGAGGUUUGGGUGCCAUGGCGGGCUGCUGCUGUCUGCAUCUUGUGGAGCUCGUACUCUUUGCUGCUGCCUUCCUGUGCGGAGCCGUGGUGGCCGUGGAGCUCACCUGGACCCAGGGCUCCUUCAAUGGUGACUGCCCUUUAUAUGGUGUGGCUGUCCGGAAUGGCUCUUCUCUAGUCUUAUGUCCCUCUGCCCCAUCUGUUUGCCACUUUGUGGCAGGGACUUCUGGCCUCCUGGCCCUCUUCUGCCUCCUGCUACUGUUGGUCUGGGCCUACUGCUGCUACACCCAGAAAUUCUACAGGAGUUCUGUCUGGCUCAGUAUUUCACUGGCCAUCUCCAGCUUCCUGAUUUUGGUAUGUGCCUGUAUCCUUCGAUUUGGCACCAUUUCCCUCUGCAAUUCCAUUGUCUCCCUGAAACUUACCAUGAGCUGCUCUGAAGCCCAGAAAAUCCCAUGGACACCUCGUGGAUCAACUGUCCAAUUUUACUCCAACCUACACAAUGCUGAAAUGUCUUCUUGGGUGAAUCUAGUAUUGUGUAUGGUCUUGAUGCUCCAGGUCAUGAAGUGCUCCAUGUGUGAACGUGCCUCAUCAUAUGAGCCUCUGGACAGCAGUUCCCCCAUGGCUUGCAGUCUUCCUGAGCCAGACCAGUGGUCCUUACCUGAAGAACACUGAGUGCUUUCUGCAGCCUUAAGUCUCCAUGUCCAAGUGCUUGUAAUCUUUUGCCCCCAUAUAGCCCUGUUUAUGCUGGGAGCCUUGGUUUUCCCUCCAGGAGGAAAACUAGCCCAGGCUGACCUGGAAUUCACUAUGUAGUCUCAGGCUGGCCUCCAACUCAUGGAGAUCUUCCUACCUCUGCCUCCUAAGUGCUGGGAUUAAAGACGUGCACUACCA